AUGAGUGUUAGUGUUGAAGACGUUCCGAGUCCUUUAUCUGAAGGACAGAAUAGUGUGUUGGAAGCAGUUAUUAAAGAAAGUGAAGUGACAUCGAACGAAAAUGUUGAGGCGGGUCAGUGUUCCGAGCCAUCCACUCCGAAACACCAUCCUAUGGCUUUUACUGUUGACUUUGGUAAUUCAAAACAGUUUGACAGUCGAAGACUUGAAGAGUUAGCCAAGAAGUCGAAAGCACGUCACGAAAGAGUUCAAUCUAUGUCCGUUAGCCUGCCUAAAGCUAGUCCAGUGCCACAAAGACCAUCACUGAGCGCAAAGCUACCACGUAAGGCUCAAGGCUAUAAUUCUGAGGGAUAUUUUUCGUCGGACCAAGAAGACUGUGGACUAUCCACAUCACUGAAACUAAGAAACAGUCCCUUAGCUCAUAGUGAUAAAUUGAGCCCUAUUAAUAGGCUGGUGAAAUCGCCUGUCGAGUUUAAAGCGAAAUGUACGUCCAAAAGUCCAAUAGUAGAUAGUAUCAUGUCAAGGAGUGAAAACUUUACUUCCCGGCCUACAUUAAAUUUACCACUCAAAAACAGUUCCUACAGAGACGUCCAGAAAAGCCCCAGCUACAAUAACUUAAAUGUUUUUAGGAAUCCUAUGUCUGAUAUUAUCGAUAACAGUCCAGAUGGUGUGAUGUUAGUUGAUAUUUCAAGUCCUGAAUUGGACAUUUUAACUCCAGACAAUGGUCUUUCAACUCCAGAAUUAUCAAGAAGUCCUAUAUCGCAAAGGUUUCGUGCAACAUCUGAAACACCAGAUCUCUUUAAAAAAUGUCCACCAAAACCACAAGUAUUAUUUAUAGAUGAUGAUGAUGAUGAUAGACAGUCUAAUAAUUCUUCAACUGGAACAUACACUAUAGAAGGUGAUAACUAUACUGAGGAACAAAAAGCUAGAAUGAGUAUAGAUAGAACCUUUGAGUCUGAUCUACUGAAAGAAGCUAUAGAUAAUACUCUUAAAAGAAACAGUAUUGACAAUGAUCCAGAACUCAUAUUUGAUUUUAGUAACUCUCAGGUAAUCACAAAGGAACCAGUAAGAGACUUGUCUCUACGCAAUGCACUGCCUGAUACAAAAAAGCUGAUUUCACCAAGCAAGAUAUCAAAAGACAAGAAUGUUUUGGAAAUAUCUUGUUGCUAUGAAUCUCCUACUGAAAAUGAUCUGGCUGCUCAAACAUCAAAGCAAAUUAAAUCGACUCGUAGUUAUUUAGAGAAAAUCAAGAACCGGGUACGAACAAUAACUGAGAAGACAUUUUCUAAAUCACCCCCAAGACUUGACGAUGGAGAUGUUGGUAUGUUCACAUCCGUAACAACCUCCGGUGUUUUGAGCUCUAAGUAUCCUACAAAGGUUGAAAUUCCAACUAAAAGAAGAUGUAGCUUAACAAAGUCUGAAAUAGAUAGAACUGACUACAUCCAUAGGCUAUCGAGGGAAACAUCAGUUCCUGUUUCGUUACCAAGUAAUAAGAAUCUGCUUGAAAAUGCAAAAUUUGAAAGUACAGCCUUAAAGAAUGCCCAUAAGGCUUUGAGGGAUGAAAAUCCAGAUUUAACACCAGAGGAAAUUGUUAGUAAAUUGUCAUACUUAAGUCUGAAUAGAUGUAAGGGGGAUAAAACAUGGAUUCAGGAUUGGGCUGAUAGUGUCAAAAAGUACAAUAUAAAUACAAUAGGAAAGGAAGGGGGGGACUUGAAUACAACAUUUUCACUUGAAGAUCGGCCUCCAAUUAGUCCCAGGCUGCAUCCUACAAAAUGCCACAGCCCGCAUGGGGGCACACCCACUAAAAUACCAAGCCCUGUCGGCACCCUCCUACACCGCAGAACACCGGACCUCAUACCUCCACAGGACACUGAGUCGUACCUCCUCAAAACGCAGAACGCGAUAACGAAUCUUCAAGCAAAAUUGCAUUCCACCCGAACCAAUGCCUCCAACGUUCCGUCUCAACUCACCACGUCGCUCAUCAGUGAGAAGACACUCGUAUCGAGGUUGCCGAUAUCUCAACUCAGUCGCUCUAACUCACUCAACUAUAGACUACGGAGGAAGGAAACUUCAGGUGACAGCAGCCCGCUUCGUAGUCCCGGACAUUAUGUGAUAACGGGUUCGUCCAAGGUGCCGGAGAAUCGCCGUCUCAACACGGCAUCCAGGUCACUAGAUACGGAACCGAGACGAGAUUCCAACAUGAACAGCCCCGACUCACACCGCGGCCUCCUAAGCAAUAGUUCAGAUGACAAAACUGUAUCGAACCGUCCCUACGUCGACAAAAUCUUAGCGUACAAAACUCACACGCGGCACAGUUCCUUCGACGGCAAAAACACUGAGCUCUUCAAAGACAUCAACACCAACGUGUGCCUGAAAACGGUUCUCAAGAACAACGCCCUAGAUACGAAACCUUACGGAAUCGAUCAAACGCGUCGUCAAGAUAAACCUUACGGCACCUUCAUCAAGCGUUCCAGCUCGUUCAGCACGGUGAAUAAGAAUAAUAAUUUGGUGGAUACGCGGCUGAUAUCGCGACGGUCCAGUGGGCAGUCGGAAGAAUACAAGGAUUCCGAUGAGUCAGAUAACGGGUUCGAUAAAUCCCAAGACCUGAGGUACAAGCGGCAGAUUCGAGGAAGGAUCGAAUCGCCCGAUUUGAAGUCUGUGGUACCCUCGAAUUCACCAAGAUGUCCGAACACACCGGAAAUGCAGAGGAAAUUCGGGCCGGGAUUGGUUAGGAAUUCGGUUAGAGUGACCAAUAAGGAGCGGGUGCUGAACACGAGGAUGUCGGAGCCGCCGAUGGGCAGGGAGGAGAGGAAACCGGCGAACCAUCAAAGCAGACGAGCGGAUUCGAAACAAGCAGUUUUGAGUAGGCUCACUAAAUCCAGGUCGUCUACUAGGGAACCUCAAAAGCUGGAGAAAGUACAAAAGAAGCAAAACCAGCACCGCUCUUCGUCAGCCUUGGCGUCGAAGGAAAUAGAAUUUUCCAAUUGGAAGAAACGGUCCUCCUACGACCCAAUGAAGGCGGCACAGGAAGGCAAAAAGAGACAGAUGGCGAAACGACAGGAGGUUAACAAAGACGACCUUAGUUCGCCAAGUCACUCAUCACCAGUACACCGCUCUCAAUCAUUCCACACCACCAACAUAGCGGAUCUUACCCUGGAUUACUCCUCGGAAGGCACAGAGGACGACCAGCCCACAUUGCCCAUAGAUCCCAUGAUUACUUCGACCCACUCCGACAUUCUCGACGUCAGAAAACGACAACCGUUGACCAAUGACGUGGUUAUCGCAAGGAAUUACGUCACCAAUUUUAAGGUACACCAGCCCGAGAAACAGAGACGUCACGACAAACACAAAAGCACAAAGGACACGGCACGAGGGACCAUAGACAAACGCAAAACCUUCAUUCUUGAUAGUGACACCAACUCUACAACAAAUGGAAGCAGUCCAAGAAAUAGUUCCAUCUUCAGUCACGAAAAAAAUUCAUACACUGACACCGAGGGAGAGAGCGGGACGGAGAGCGCCCCGGUUGUCAUGAGACAGAACAGGACGCAAAUACAACCGAAACAGAGGUACAGUGGUGACUACUCUAUGUCGUCGUCGACAACCUCAGUUAGCCACAAGAAAGCAAAAGAGAUCCAACCCCGUUACCUGGACAUAUCGAAGUACAAGUCUGAGAACUCGCCCAAAAACUUCCUCCGCCGAGACCCGAGCAAGACGUACGUCGGGGUGCUAAAUAGUAAUGAAAAGGCAGUAAGCAAGGGGAGUGCUCAGCAAUAUGAAAUGGAACAAAAGAAGCAAGAAUUGGAGAAGUGGAAACGAAGGGCGUCGUAUGAUCCGAGGAAAGCGGCGGCACUCGGCAAGUCGAGUAAAACCCCGCCCAAAACUGCAAGCAACGUCUUACGCUCGCAGUCCUUCCACGGGCCGGUUUUGUCGCCGAACCUCCGUUACCAGCCUACGCCGGGUCAAAUAAACGAGUCUUACGAUGCUUCGAGCGAUAACGAUUUCUAA